ACCUCUGUCUCUCUCUCGACGCGCGGUGCAAAAGUAAAAAUUAUACAUAUUGGUCGACUAUUGUUUAUAUCCCGUCUUUGGCGUUCUUCAUUCUCUCUAUUUCCCGCUUAUGUGUUUCUUUCUCCUUUUACCGACUUACAACAUAUCCCAGGUCGACGCCUAUCGCUUCUUAGAUGCGUUCAUUUUGCUUCCCUUUGCGUCUGGUACCACACGCUGCUUCCCCUCCCUUCUUGGUUUGGUUUGUUCCCUGCGCUCAAUGCGUAGAGUUAUAGCAGCUUUCGUACGUCCUCUAAAAGCCGGGAUUCUGUACUAUUAUGCAGGCUGGCAACAUUUCUUUUUAAUCUUGAUCCCUCUGUCCAUCUCUCAUACACGUAUACUUACACACUAACUAUCUACAUAAACAGUAUGAACACUUUAUUUUCACGUGCAGUGGAUUUUGCUUGUCCCGUCUC